AUGCUUCUAAUCGUUACACUUCCAUUUUUCGCCAGUCUAACACUUGUCAACUGUCUGAAAGCGCACUGGAAAUUUAAGGGAGACGAACUCAAAGAGGCGCCAUCAGAAGUCUAUGUCAAAACGGUCUCUAUGAAAGAAAGAAAACCACAGAAGAGUGAGAAAAAAGUGAAGAAGACAGAUGUUAAGGAUAAUAAGAAGAGGAAGAAGCUGGCGAAAUUUUUUAUUUUUAAUGGGAAAGAAGAGGAUUUGAAAACUCCCAACCAGUCGUUGUCUCUAGAUUCCACUCAGGAUUCUGAUGAAGAGCACGAAUCUCCAUUGGGUUCUUCUUAUGAGUUCAGUGGGGAUGAGAAGCUCAAAGGGAUUCAACUUCUUCCAUCGCCACGUCCCGGAAUGAUAAAAGAGUUGAAGGCAGAGGCGAGAAGAAUGAGACGUGGGCAGCAAAGUGAACGGGAUGAUUGUCUUUAUUCUGACGAAGAAGACUCUCUUUUCAAUAUCGAAUCUUUGAUGCACGACCCAGCAACUCUCAAGUCUUGUCAAUCUGGAGUUCCACUAGAAAUUCAAGAUUCUCGAAUCCUUCGUGUCAACCAAGAUCGCCUCGGCUACAAAAAGAGUCAUACCACAUAUGCUCAAUCCUCGAUGUCUCCAUACUCCCGUCGUCUGUCUCCAUCGUCUUCUGACGACUCUGCAACAACUUCUGAUCAGAUUACUGUCAUUCACAAUAUCUAG